AGGUUUUCGGACCAAGAGUGGAAUCUCAAGAUAUUGACUUUGUAGAGACUCGCCAUGGCAAGGAUUUCAUUUCGACAGUUGAACGGUGAGGUAACGGUUUGUGAAGUUCUGCCAGAUAUCACCGGUCGGGAACUCAAGGAGCGCAUCAAGGAGUGCCAGGUUUGGGAUGAUGUCACACGCGAAACAACCCGUGUCGACAUUCUUGUGGGGACAAGAUUGAUGACGAACGACGAGACGGCUGCAGAUGCAGGCCUUUCGCCAGAGUCAGAGGUGACCGUAGUAUUGAAACAAAACGCUGCGACCUGCUCCCACAAGGCGGAGCUUGACCAAUUUGGCGAGGAGAUUGACUUGGCGACCGCAUUCGUGGUUCAAAUCUCAAGCGGUGCUACUGAAAUUGUUGAAGACGCAUUUGAAGACUGCGACACUCUGGCACGUGUGACCAUUCCGGACUCAGUGACAGAGAUUGGCGCUGGUGCCUUUCAAUACUGCAGCUCCUUGGCUAGUGUGACCAUCCCCGGCUCAGUGACCCACAUUGGCGAUCGUGCCUUUAAAAGCUGCAGCUCCUUGGCUAGUGUGACCAUCCCAGACUCAGUGACCCUGAUUGCGCAUGGCGCCUUUGAAAGCUGCAGCUCCUUGGCUAGUGUGACCAUCCCAGACUCAGUGACCCUGAUUGCGCAUGGCGCCUUUGAAAGCUGCACCUUGUUGGCUAGUGUGACCAUCCCAGACUCAGUGACCCAGAUUGGGCCUGCUGCCUUUUCAGGAUGCAGCUCCUUGGCUAGUGUGACCAUCCCCGGCUCAGUGACCCACAUUGGCGAUCGUGUCUUUGAAAGCUGCAGCUCCUUGGCUAGUGUGACCAUCCCACACUCAGUGACCCUGAUUGCGCAUGGCGCCUUUGAAAGCUGCACCUCGUUGGCUAGUGUGACCAUCCCAGACUCAGUGACCCAGAUUGGGCCUGCUGCCUUUUCAGGAUGCAGCUCCUUGGCUAGUGUGACCAUCCCCGGCUCAGUGACCCACAUUGGCGAUCGUGCCUUUCAAAGCUGCAGCUCCUUGGCUAGUGUGACCAUCCCAGACUCAGUGACCCUGAUUGCGCAUGGCGCCUUUGAAAGCUGCAGCUUGUUGGCUAGUGUGACCAUCCCCGACUCAGUGACCCACAUUGGCGAUCGUGUCUUUGAAAGCUGCAGCUCCUUGGCUAGUGUGACCAUCCCAGACUCAGUGACCCAGAUUGGCUAUGGUGCCUUUAAAAGCUGCAGCUUCUUGGCUAGUGUGACCAUCCCCGACUCAGUGACAGAGAUUGGCGCUGGUGCCUUUUCAGGAUGCAGCUCCUUGGCUACUGUGACCAUUCCCGGCUCAGUGACCCACAUUGGCAAUCGUGCCUUUGAAAGCUGCAGCUCCUUGGCUAGUGUGACCAUCCCAGACUCAGUGACCCAGAUUGUUUUCAAUGCCUUUGCAGGCUGCGGCUCGUUGGCUAGCGUGACCAUCCCCGGCUCAGUGGAAAGGAUUUCGAAAAAUGCCUUUAAAAGCUGCGUCUCCUUAACUUGUGUGACUGUCCCUGAUUGCUUUAUUGAGGAGGAUGCCUUCGCAGGAUGCAGUGCUUUGACUUUGGUCGUUCCCAUAUGUGGAAAAAGGAGAAGGUUGUGGGUUGCCGCCCUGACGGGCUGCAAGCAGAUUCAAGCAAAAUAAUGUGCAUGCCAAGAGUGCGAGCACAAGUGGUUUCUGAAUGGCUGGGUGUGUCCUCGACGGUGGGGAUUUUGAGCUUGCUUCAGAAGCUUUUUGUAGCACGUUGUAUAACUGAAUGAUGGUUGCACACUGAAUGAUCUGAAUCUCUAUACAUCUGCGCUGCUUGC